AUGUCGCUGAAAACAAUGUCGAAUUUAUCGAAUUAUCAAUCUAGUCUUUGCCCCACCAACGGUCGCCAGAUCGUUGGAGAUGGGGCUUCACUUCCUUUCGGCGCAGAUCCAAGUGUGCUAGCCGUCUGCCACAUGCAGGGCAGCGACGACAUGUACUACUACUCUACUACCUUCUCUGGCGGGCCGGGGGUAUCAAAAUGCCCUCCCGACCGAGGGUCGUUGGACUGUGUGACAGGCAGCCCAGCGUCCGAUACCUCUUUCUCCUCCUCGCCUUCUUCGAAGUCUAUCAUCUAUCCUCACAACAAACCACCUAUUACGACCGUUCAAAGUCCCUACAGCCCGCGCGGCAUCCCGAUCCGCUCGCACUCUGCUGCACUCCAGACGCCGCCUCUGACGCCGGAUACCGGCAGUGACAGUGAUAGCGACAGCGAUGUCGACGCCAACCGCCAGGACGCCCUUGACUUCCUCAUGACAGUCUUUCCCGACGACGGUCUCUCGGCGCUGCCCUACGCCAAGAGCGUAUCCAUCAACUCGCCCGACAUGGGCGCCGAGUUUAAUGGAGCUGUACUUUCUCUCCCAGGCAAACCGAAGACGCUCUACGUCGACGGCAAGAAUGCUCAGUCCGUUAGCCUUCGCGAGAGCAUCGUUGCUCUUUUGGACCUUGCGGACGAGCGGCUGGGAUGUGAGGCGCUCAUCAUCGUAUUGGAGCGCGCCUCGCCUGCUCUUGGAGACUUGCUGCACUCCCUCAUGUACGUUGGUGGUACGGUCGUCACGAAGCCCGACUUCCGUGUUGACCCUGCCUUCGUCAUGGUUGGAAUGGAGAUCUAA